AUGGUUAAGGGUUUUAAGUUGAAACAGCUUUUGUCGCGUGAGAAAGAGGCCGCCAAAGAAAACAAAAAAGAGGCGGCCAAAAUCGCCCAUAAGAAGCAGGAAUUGCAGAAGUCAGAAGAGACGCCUGUAGUUGUCAGCCAUGAACAAGCUGUGGAAGUGAAAACGCCUGUGGAAGAGAGUACAGAGACUGGCAUGGGUGAGGAGUACCAGAGUGGAGCUUUGUCGAGAAAAGAACGCAGAAAAUUGAAGAAGUUAGAGAAAAAGUCCAAACUUGAAGAAGAUGUGGAGGAGGAGGGGGAAACGAAAUCUAGCAAUUCCAGGUUGGAACUAGAGAAGCUCGAGAUGAGUGAGCCAGAAGAUGAGGACGAGGAAGAAGAAGAAGAGGAAGAAGAGGACGUUGAACAGGAAGACAAGGAAGAAGAGGACGAAGAAGAAGAAGAAGAAGAAGAAGAAGAUGUGCCUUUGUCAGAUGUGGAACUUGACUCGGAUGCUGAUGUGGUUCCUCACCAGAAAGUUACUGUCAACAACGCUAAGGCCAUGAAACAAGCUUUGGAGCUGAUCCAACUGCCUUGGAACAAACACUCGUUCCAAGAACACCAGGCCGUGACAUCAGAAACCAAUACAGACGAGGGCAUGAAAGAUAUCUACGACGACACAGAACGUGAAUUGGCCUUUUACAAACAGUCUCUAAACGCGGUGCUACAGGCCAAGCAGAAGCUGCAGGCCCUGAAAGUGCCCUUCAAAAGACCUCUGGAUUAUUUCGCAGAAAUGGUCAAGAGCGACGAGCACAUGGACAAAUUGAAGACUAAGCUCGUAAGCGAGGCCAGCGACCGCAAGGCCCGCGAGGACGCACGCAAGCAGAGACAGCUCAAGAAGUUCGGUAAGCAGGUCCAGGUGGCCACGCUGCAGAAGCGUCAAAAGGAGAAGAAAGAGACUCUGGAUAGAAUUAAGUCGCUCAAGCAAAAGCGUAAACACAACGAAAUCGACGAAGGAGCAUUCGACGUGGGAAUCGAGGAGGCUGCAGGCCCUGAGAAGUCCGAAAAGAGACACAAACCCAACGGGAAAAGAUUGGCGAAGGAUGCCAAAUACGGCAGCGGUGGGAUGAAGAGAUUCAAGCGUAAGAACGACGCCAACUCGUCCAACGACGUGUCUGGGUUCUCUACUCGCAAGAUGAAGGGCAACGGCAAGCCCUCGCGCCCCGGUAAGAGCAGGCGUACCAAACGGUUCUAA